AUGGCCGCGCAGCACGCUCCGCGUGCGGGCCCCACGACCGUGCGGGACGCCACACCGUCCGCGUCUCGUGCGCCCGCUGCGCCGCUGCAGCGCGACAAGGGUCUGGGCGACUAUAUUGAGUUUGAUCUGACGCGGCUCCAAAACUCCAAGGGUGGUUUCCUGGUCGAAGAUACCGGUGAUGACGCGCUGCAGGCGCUCGAGGAGCAGCGCAAGGAGCGCGAGCGCGAGAAGCAGCGCUUGCGCGAUCAAAUGGAGCCCGGGAUCAGCCUCGAUCCGACGACGCGGCCCGUGUGCGAGAUGUGCCAGUCGCCGGACAUUCUAUAUGACCCGUUCCUGCGCGUGUUCAAUGUGCGCGUGUGUCGUGCGUGUGAGCGCGCGCACCCCGAGCGGUACAGCCUGCUCACUAAGACGGAAGUGAAAGAGGUACGCAGCUAUGACUCACGGAAGGACUACCUGCUCACGGACGGUGCGUGCCGGUGGCUGACCGCAGCGGAGCUCGCUGAUGGCGAACUGCUCCCCCACCUCUUGAAGAAAAAUCCGCACAAGUCGACAUACAGCAACAUGAUGCUUUUUCUACGGUGCCAAGUCGAGCAAUUUGCGUUUUCCGACGCCAAGUGGCAGUCCCCCGAAGGACUCGAUGCCGAGUACCAGCGGCGCACGGCCGACAAGGCGCGGAAACGCACGCGCAAGUUCCAGCAGGGCCUCGACCGGUUACGAAAACGCACGAUCCGCGACAAUCUAUGGCAGCAGCGGCGCGAUGCCGAGCAUGUGCACGAGUGGACCGACGCGGGCCCCAACCGGCAGCAGUGCCGCGCGUGUGGGCAGCGCAUCAUGGUCGAGGAGCUAUAG